GAACAAUGUCGAUGAGCCCCAAGCAUACGACUCCCUUUUCUGUGUCCGAUAUCUUGAGUCCUCUUGAGGAGAGCUACAAAAAAGUAAGUAUGGAGAGCAGCAACUUGGGGGCUCCUCUCGCCUCGUACAGACAGCCGCAAGUCACGCAGGCGGCCAUGCAGCAGCACCACAUGGGCCACAACGGGACGGUGCCCGCUGCCUACCACAUGACAGCGGCCGGGGUCUCGCAGCUGUCCCACACGGCCAUGGGAGGCUACUGCAACGGCAACCUGGGCAACAUGAGCGAGCUGCCGGCUUAUCAGGACGGAAUGAGGGGCAGCACGACAGCCACCAGCUGGUACGGAGCAAACCCUGACCCGCGCUUUUCUACAAUCUCUCGUUUCAUGGGUUCUUCAUCCGGGAUGAACAUGGGCAGUAUGAGCAGUCUGGGCUCGUUAGCGGAUGUUGGGAAAGGCAUGGGCUCUCUGAGCAGCGCGCCCAGGAGAAAGAGGCGCGUGCUCUUCUCGCAGGCGCAGGUCUACGAGUUGGAGCGGCGCUUCAAGCAGCAGAAGUACCUGUCUGCGCCCGAGAGGGAGCACCUGGCCAGCAUGAUCCACCUGACCCCGACCCAGGUCAAGAUCUGGUUCCAGAACCACCGCUACAAAAUGAAACGGCAGGCCAAAGACAAGGUGUCCCAGCAGCAGAUGCAACAAGAGGGCAGCUCGUGUCAGCAGCAGCAGCAGCAGCAGUCUCCGCGGAGGGUGGCCGUGCCAGUGCUGGUGAAGGACGGCAAGCCGUGCCAGGGCAGCGGCCACACGCCCACCAGCGCCGUGCAAAGCCACCACCACCAGGGAGCCAACGUCAUGAUCAUGUCCAGCAACGGCUCGAUGGGCCAGCAUCAGAGCCAGCAGGUAGGCAGCGCCGGACAGUCCCCAGAUUUGGGGCAGCACGGCGCGAGCCCCCCUUCCCUACAAACGCAGGUGUCCGGCCUUUCACACCUGAACUCAUCCGGCACCGACUACGGCACGGCCUUGCCCUGUUCCGCUCUGCUUUACGGCAGGACGUGGUGACGACGGCGCGAACAAUAAGAACGCGACAGACAGACGCACAGACGGAC